AUUUGCUUCUGUAGGCUAUGGCGCAUUAUGGGUCCCGCCAUCUUCAGCCGCGUCGUUUCAUACAGCAUGAACGUUAUCACACAAGCCUUCGUUGGCCACCUUGGGGAAGUUGAACUCGCCGCCAUUUCCAUUGCCAACACUGUCAUCGUCGGCUUCAAUUUUGGCCUCUUGGUAACUGAUCGACGAAUCUCUUUGUGGGUGUUUGUGUUUGUAUGAAUUUUUUACGCUCUCUAACGUUCGCUUUUCGGUUUUUGGCGAUCAGUUAGGGAUGGGAAGAGCUACCACAUGUUGGGAAUAUACCUGCAAAGAUCAUGGAUUGUGCUCUUCCUGUUACCUUUUUACGUUUUCGCUACUCCGCUUCUGAAACUCCUAGGACAGCCCGACGACGUAGCGGAGUCGUCAGGGAUCGUGGCUUGUUGGCUAAUACCCUUUCACUUCAGCUUUGCGUUUCAGUUCCCAUUGCAGAGAUUCUUGCAGUCCCAGCUCAAGAACUCAGUGAUUGCGUGGGUUUCUUUCGUGGGUCUGCUAGUUAAUGCUUUAACCAGUUGGCUCUUCGUCUAUUUGUUUGAAGUUCUCGUUCUCGUCCAGCAACAUGUUCUCAGGCUUGAGGUCUCGGUGCGAGGUGGAAAAGUACAAGAAAAAUCUACUGGAAGUGCUUGCCUUCCCUUCCCUGAAUAUAUAACUUUGGGGAAAUAUUACUUUUACUACAGGUGCACAUGUUGUGCACUCCUGUAGUGCAGCAAUCAAGGCCCAUGACUUUUUAUCAAUGGGUGUACGUGGUCCAAAUUGUUACGCAGAGGACGGAGAUGUAUCUCCAAAAUUUUUCUCUUAAGAGAACAAACAGCGUCAAGUGGGUGAACACAGUCCAACGUUUUGCUUAAAUCCACAACGGAGUUUGCUAGCUACUCUCAAUCUGGUCCAUUCAUCUUGUAACAACAUAUAUGCUGUGAUUUGUUCACCAGCAUGCAAGCCGGAUCCUAGUC